AUGGCGAUUCCUCUCAAAUACCUGAUUCGCAUUCCGACGAGUGAAGAGAGGACAGGAGGCAAUGCCUCAUCGAAGGUUCGAGGCCGCAAGCAGCAGCGAGGACGGUGUCAAGAUGGUCCCGAGUUGAGUGCUUCCAGAGCGAGGGGAUCUGCCCAGCUGGGGACAAGAUCUGGGACUGUUCAAUUAGGCAUCGAUGAUGACAAAUCUGGCGUGAGGACAAAUGGUGCGGAUGGCAAUGAGGAAGAUGAAGAUGAAGAUGAGAUAACCGGAUCGGAAACGAACGACUUGGAGCAUCAGAUCUCGUCUGAUCAGUUGGGAUGCAGUCUAAAGGCCGCCUGCUAUCAUCCUCUUUUACUCGCUUGUGAGUAUGGCUGCUGUGGCCAGCAGGUCACCAGCUCCACACUCGACGAGAUUGAGGCUAACCGACCAGUUCAGAAUGACUCACAGUCACCACAUAGCAUCGCCCGAAUCUUGCAAAUAAGGAAGGAAACUUAUGCAAUGGAAAGAAACCGAAUUCUUAUGGCGCAAGACUAUCAGCGCUUGGCUGUUAAACGUUGGAGGCUCAACAUGGCCCCACAUCCCGGCGAAUUAAUAUGGUAG